AUGACUUCUUCUUGUUCCAUUAAUUCUAUGUGCUUAAGUCUUGGUGAGCAGAGUAGCAAAACCCUCAUUAUUACUACACCCUCAUCUUUCUUUGCAAAACCUUCUCGGUGUAGUCAAAAUUUCCAUGUCUCAUGCAAUAAUAAUGCCAACAAUGGUGAUGAGCAUGACAAAAACGUUGCAAGGAGAAAUGUGCUUCUUGGUUUAGGAGGGCUUUAUAGUGCUUCCAAUCUUGCACCAUUAGCCUCUGCUUCUCCUAUACCGAUACCUAAUCUCAAAUCGUGUGGUAAUGCCACGAAAUCUACAGAAGAAGUAGAAUAUAGUUGUUGCCCUCCUACACCAGAUGACUGGAACAACAUUCCAUAUUACAAGUUUCCCCCCAUAUCUAAGCUUCGUAAACGUCCCGUUGCUCAAGACGUGACUGAGGAAUAUAUUGCAAAGUACCAAUUGGCCACUCAAAGAAUGAAGGACCUGGAUAAAAAGGACCCUCGUUCAUUCAUGCAACAAGCCAAUAUCCAUUGUGCUUAUUGCAACGGUGCUUACAAAUUUGGUGAUGAAGUUUUACAAGUUCAUUUCAAUUGGCUUUUCUUUCCGUUUCAUAGAUGGUACUUAUAUUUCUACGAGAGAAUAUUGGGAAAACUCAUUGAUGAUCCAACCUUUGCGUUGCCAUAUUGGAAUUGGGAUAAUCCAAAGGGUAUGCGUUUACCUCCCAUGUUCGAUCGUGAAACUACUCCCCUUUAUGAUGCAAGACGUAAUCCACACGUCCGUAAUGGAACCAUAAUCGAAUUUAGUUCUUCUACCGACGAAGUUUCUACUGAUGUUAAAAAGACGGUGACUAACAACUUAACUCUUAUGUACCGUCAAAUGAUAACUAAUGCUGCAUGCCCUUUGCAAUUCUUUGGUGCUCGUUACGUCCUUGGGAUUGACGAUUCCGAAAAUCGGGGAACUAUUGAAACCAUCCCUCAUACUCCAGUCCACAUUUGGACUGGUACUGUCGAAGGUACGGUUUUGGAUGAUGGUAAACGGUCAUUCGGUGAGAAUAUGGGUAAUUUCUACUCAGCCGGUUUAGACCCGGUUUUCUAUAGCCACCACGCCAAUGUAGACCGUAUGUGGAAUAUAUGGAAAGGAUUAGGCGGGAAAAAAAAGGAUAUCACAGACACAGAUUGGCUGAACUUCGAAUUCUUUUUCUACGAUGAAAAUGGAAACCCUUACCGUGUGAGGGUAGGAGACUGUUUGGAUACGAAGAAGAUGGGUUAUGAUUACCCGCUAACAGACAUCCCAUGGAUUAACUGUAGGCCAACAAGAAAGGGGAGAGAAGGAAAAGUGGAUUUAACAAGCAUUGAGCCAGCAAACAAGGUAUUCCCAAUUGCUAACCUCAACAAACCCAUUUCGUUUUGCAUCAAUAGGCCGACUACGUCAAGGAGUCAAAAGGAUAAGGACGAAAAAGAAGAGGUCCUAAUAUUCAAGGGUUUAAAGUAUGAUACUAGCAAAUAUAUAUCGUUUGAUGUGUUUGUGAACGAGGACGAGAAUGUGAAUACAGAUGAGCUUGAUAAGGUGGAGUUCGCAGGGAGCUGUGUCAACUUGCCCCAUGUUCAUGCACAUAAUAAGAAAAUGGAUUAUGUUGGGGAUACUAAUCAUACUGCAACUGCUACUCUCCAGCUGGCGAUAACAGAACUGUUGGAGGACAUUGGUUUGGAAGAUGACGAGACUAUUGCGGUGACUCUAGUACCAAAGAAAGGUGAUAUUUCCAUUGGAGGUGUGGAGAUCAAGCUUGCGGAUUGUUAAUUAGUGUGUAUUCAAUCUGCUGAGAUUACAUGAGUUGAAUGAUAUGAUCUGUUACGAUUCUGUUUUUGUUUAUUGGUUUGUCUGUUUGUUUGCUUUUAAUUUU